AUGCCGCUGUGAAACAGACUCCUCACGCUGCUGCAACUUUCACUCCGUCAGACUGCAUUGAAAUGAUGAUCCGCAGCGUUUCCUCCACACAAACGCCACAUGGUCGACCCUGAGUCCUGAAAUCUGAGAUGUGGACGGGACUCACCUGAGCUGCCUGAAGAUUCAGAAGAAACCCUAACUUUCCAAAAAAAGCAUCUUUUUGUGGCGUACAACCCUGGAUUUGGUUAAAAUGGGUGUGCUGUGGACGAACUGCGUUUUCUUGCUGGCGUGUUGCUCUGGAUUAGGUUGUGCCAGCCCCAACAAAUGCGAUGAAGUGCGGAAAGUUUUCCAACUCAAACAAAUUGGACCAAAUCAAUUAUUGCCUCUGAGCCCCAGACCAGGUUCAGACCUCCAGGUGUGCAUGUCCAAGAACCUGACCUGCUGCACUAAAAAGAUGGAGGAGAAGUACCAGGUGGCGGCCCGGAGAGACAUCCAAAACCAUCUACAGACUUCCAGCUCCAGCCUCAAGUUCCUCAUAUCGCGCAAUGUGGCUGCUUUUCAAGAGACCUUUGAGGCUCUGAUGAGGCAGGCGGAGAAUUACACCCAUGUGGUUCUUCAAGAGUCGUACCGCAGCAUGGCCGAUCAGGCUGUCGGCCCGGUGCGGGAACUCUUCACAGAUAUCAGUCUCUUUCUGCUGGGGUCCGAGCUCAGCGUUGAUGACUUGGUGCAGCGAUUCUUUGACGCACUCUUCCCGCUGGUCUACAAUCACCUCAUCAACCCUGGCCUCACCGACAUAUCACCGAGCUACGCUGAGUGUGUGAGGUCGUCCAGGCGGGAUCUAAGACCAUUUGCUGCGGUGCCCGGCCUCCUGGCUGAUCAAAUCUCUCGCUCUGGGGUGUCUGGGAAACUUCUGCUUCAGGCACUGCACCUCGGCAUUGAGGUCAUUAAUACCACAGACCACUUACAGCUGAGCCGUGAGUGCAGACGGGCCAUGCUCAAGAUGCACUACUGUCCUCACUGCCAGGGCUUAACCCAGUCCAAGCCCUGCAUGGGUUACUGCCUCAACGUGAUGCGAGGCUGUUUGGCAAGCAUGGCAGAGAUCGACAGCCACUGGAGAGAGUUCGUCCACUCGCUGGAGGGCCUGUCUGCACGGAUGCAAGGGCCUCAGGAUUUGGAGCAAGUGCUUCUAGGAGUUCAUACGCUGCUUCAUGAUGCUGUCGGACAUUCCCAGAAUACUGGGCCUCGCCUCUCUGCACAGUUGCACAAACUGUGUGGACCACCGAGCAGGAAGCCAGCGCAGUCAGUCAGCCUCCAGCACAGCAGCAGGGACUCCAUCCCUCUUAAAGCCUCUGUCAGAGUGUCUGGGGACUCGCUCGCUGUGAGGAGGAGGGACUUUCUAAACAGCCUACGUCUCUACCGUACAUUCUACGGUGGCCUGGCCGAUCAGCUGUGUGUGAGUGAGCUGGCCUCCGGUGAUGGGCAUGCCUGCUGGAAUGGAACCGACAUCGUAAAAAGCUACACCCUCCGUGUGGUCGGCAAUGGGAUCAAGGCUCAGAGUGCAAACCCUGAGGUCAAAGUGAAGGUAGCAGACCCUGUCAUAAAUCAGAUCAUCGACAAACUCAAACACAUCAACCAGCUGUUGCAAGGGAAGUCCAUUCCUAAACUGGGGUCACUGGACCAGAUAGAAACAGGAAGUGGAGAUGCUGAUGGACGUUACAGCGGAGACUGUGAUGAUGAAGAUGGCUGUGGGGGUUCAGGGGGCGACGAGGUUAAGAGGAAAGUCCCCAGAGUCUCUAAAUUGAGUCCAGAUGUGACCGGCGAUCAAAAACAUCGACAUCAUAAUCAUCAUUAUCCACCUGCCGAGGACUCAGCGAAGGAGGGCCGAUCCAGGAGCUUUGGACUGACAGGGGCCAUCUGGGUCUUGAUAUUGCCUUGUUUACAUAUGCUCCUGGCCUUGUAACAGCUGCCUUUUUGCAGCAUGGAACUUUCAAGACUUCAUUUCAAGCAUAUUUAUCCAGAAAUGAAAGGGCCAGUGAACGUUACAAGCUCUUAUAUGUAACGGAGCACCACUUCCACACAGUGCAGGACACGGUAGGAGUGACCAGUAACGAUUGUGUGGAAAUGACAAGACACUGAUGUCUCAUGUUAAACAACAUAUGGUUCAGCUUUGCCAAUAUUCAUUUCUUUUAUCUGACAUUCAUUAACACUUUAAAUGACUUAUUUAUAGAAGACAAUGUCAAGGUUAAGUGAAAACAUACUGUAUGUUCUAAAAGUUUGUUAUUAAUUUAAUUGUAUUUCUACACAUAAUAUAUAUGAUUUGUAGAUACUGGCAAUACAUCUUUUUUGUGGGGUUUUAAACUACUGUGAAAACUUCUGUGAAAGAAGUCAAGCAAUUUAAAAGAUGACUUUUGGAUUUGAUAUUUAAAAAAAGGCUCUUUAGCUUACAAUUGCAAUAUUUGUACAAGCCCAUAAUAAAGUGGCCUCUUAUUUUCCGAACAGUUAAAAAAUAUAUAUACUUUGUUUCAUACAAAAAACGGUUUAUUCAAAAUUGGUUCAGAUCAUUGUAGGAAUCAUUUUGAAUUGUUAUGUUCUUAUACAUUUUGGUGAGAAGUUCAAAACACAUUUUAAGACAUCAGCUUCUCUUCAUUUGUAAUGGCUACAGUUUUGUCCAGUUUUCAUCUAAUUGUUAUAUUGCAAUUUUCCAUAAUGAACCUGUAAAGCUACUGCUGAGAGAAAUUGUGAAAGGAGAGGUGAUGGCGGUUUGGGGCAAGUGAGAGAAUUCACACUCCUUUCUUCUUUUAGGAAUAGAUUAGCUCCUUCCGGAGUCUAUUAUCAUCUUUCAAACUCAAUCCUCCUCUGCCUUCAUGGCCUGGAUGGGAGCUGAUAGCUCCUGGAGCCACUGGUGAGGAAUAAUCCAAUUGCUCCCACCUAGCACCUGACUGUGUGUUGCUGGCAGCUCUAUGGUCAAAGAAACAGAAAAAGAUUGGUUUUCAAUAUAUAUUGCCCUGUAUGUCUAGUCAAUGGCAGAGAGAGAAAAAGUAUUCAAAAUGUGUUUACGUAUGCUGCAAACUGCUUGUAUGGCUGGGGGGAAAAUCCCAUUGAGAUUCCUUCAAAAUCAAAAUCUUCUAAACCCAAUAUCACUUUUCAUUUACAGUAUGGACAUUUAAACAUCAGAAAUAAAAACAGUAAAAUAUGCUACUGUUAAUAGAAAAAAGUUACUACCGGUACAUGUUUGAUCAAAUAUGAUAUGCUUUGCUUCUUCGAGUUGCAGUUGUCCUAAAGCAUGCAUAGUAAUUGUUGUCAUUAGUCAUUUUCACCUUUAAAUGACCAUGUUACACUUUCAUUAUGAUAAAGGUUAAGGGCUGAGGAGUUGCACAUUCUUAUGGUUUAUAAAUAAUAACUUUAAGAUUAAUUGUACUCAAUUAUUCUUACUUUCCAUUGAAUCUAAUGUCUUGAAUUUGAGUCUUUAGUUUUGAGGGUGAUAGACCUAUAUGACAAAAGUCACAGCUUGACAACCUUAACACUAUUUUUUUAACUUACGUUUAUAACAACCAAUUAUAGUUGGUACCAUCCAAGACAGCUACUGUCAUUUGAACAGCUGUGUUAAUGACACUAUUAAAGAAUAGUCUUCAGACUCACACUCAGCCGAGACGCCUUUAGGCCAAGUAUACGAUGUCAGGUAAUACUGGUUCUUCUGUACUUAAAGGAAAGAGUUCAGCUUGAUGUCUUAUGUGAUUAUUAUAACUGCAUACUGAUUCUCCAAAGAAAGGAAGAGAGGGCCAGAUGCUGCUUGUGAGGAUGAGGAAGCCAAUGUCAAUGGUGUGCAUCCACCUUUGAAAAGGUGUCAUCCUGCAGGCAUUUCAAUGUGUCAGUACAUCUUGAAAAACAUGUUUGCCCUCAGAAUGUUUGUUCUGAAAGGAAAAGUGUUAAUUAAAAAAGGAGUGCUAGUUUUACCCAGAUUUGUAUCACAACAUUGGUUUAAUGGUUGUUUUUUCAGUUUGAUCGGUUUAAUCAAUUUAUAAAUCAUAGUGAUUGCUAAUAUCUCGAGGCACAACACUUUUGCAGAAAAUUCCAGUCAAACAUUGCAACAAAUGAACAGACAGGUUUUAGGCAAACCCCUGGGAUAGUUUAACUUGUUGAAAUUGAAAAUAAAGGCAAACUUUAAAAUGUUUUUUCAAACUGUCCAUUGUAACCACCAAUCCCAGUUUAAAAGCGUCCUAGUUGAACUUGUAUCCUGCUUGCCAUAAUUUUGCACAUUCACUGUUCUCAUUUGUGAUGAUGACUCGUGACAUUAGGCACUUUUGCUUUUAUCUUUGAAUAAAUGGUUUGAUAUCUGCCUGCUUCUAUUUCUAGCCCCGUCUGAAAUGUUUGCCACAUUAUCAAGUACAAAAAUAAUAUACCUGCACCUGUUUAUUCUAGAUGUAUAAUACCUCUCUGAAAACUCAAUCUAAAGCCUGUUUUUCUGCAUAUUCCUGAGACUUUGGGUUGUCAUUUAUACCAACCAUCCGUUUGCUGACUCUUCAAUUCUUUAUGGACUUUCACCAAGUGUACCCAGGCCUGCUGACAGAAGUAAUCCAGAGUUUUUUGUUUUCUUGUGGCUUUAAAAUGAUUUCCUAGCCAAUAUAAAUCACAGCCUUUCCUUGGAAAGUGUAAGUUGUCUGUAUAACUGAAAUAUAAAAAAUAACCAGAGAUGGGUGUAUAUUUAUGUCCUGCCUUUUCUGUAAUGUAUAUUAGAUGACAUGUGAAUAUUUUUUUUUUAAUAAAACUAUUAAAAUAAAGAUUAUACAACAACUUC